GCACCGGGCCCCCGGGCGGGGCGACAGGCAUCGGGCCCCCGGGCGGGGCGACCGGCAUCGGGUCCCCAGGCGGGGCGGGCGCCGAGCCCCCAGGCAGAGCGGUGGGCGCCGGGCCCCCAGGCGGGGCGACAGGCAUCGGGCCCCCAGGCGGGGCGACAGGCAUCGGGCCCCCAGGCGGAGCGACAGGUCUCGGUUCCUCAGGCGGAGCGGCGGGCGCUGGACCCCAGGCGGAGCGACAGGUCUCGGGCCCUCAGGCGGAGCGGCGGGCGCCGGACCCCCAGGCGGAGCGACAGGUCUCGGGCCCUCAGGCGGAGCGGCGGGCGCCGGACCCCCAGAUGGAGCGACAGGUCUCGGGCCCUCAGGCGGAGCGGCGGGCGCCGGACCCCCAGGUGGAGAGACAGGUCUCGGGCCCUCAGGCGGAGCGGCGGGCGCCGGACCCCCAGGUGGAGCGACAGGUCUCGGGCCCUCAGGCGGAGCGGCGGGCGCCGGACCCCCAGAUGGAGCGACAGGUCUCGGGCCCUCAGGCGGAGCGGCGGGCGCCGGACCCCCAGGUGGAGCAACAGGUCUCGGGCCCUCAGGCGGAGCGCGGUGGGCGCCGGACCC